AUGGGGGCGAAUGUGGCCGGCGAGCGUGGGGGCGAAUGUGGUGGCGAGUGUGGGGGCCUCGAUCCAGCUGGGCCUGAGUUUGAAGGGGUCGAGGCCCAGUAUCGCCUUUCCCCAGAUGAUGCAGUGUUUGUGGAUGCCCUUCACACUUUCACCCGGGGAUCAUUGGGUCGGAGCAUUGGGAUUAAGCAGCCUGUGGGCCAUGUGGAUAUCUAUCCGAACGGAGGCAGCUUCCAGCCUGGCUGCAGCUUGGGAAGAGUGUUGGGAAAUAUGAGGUCACAAGGCGUGUACGCUGUGGCAGAUGUCAUUAAAUGCCAGCACGAACGUGCCAUCCACCUGUUCAUCGACUCCCUCCUCAAUGAAAAUUACCCGAGUGUGGCAUACCGCUGCUCCAACCAGGAGACCUUUGAGAAGGGCGUCUGUCUGAGCUGCCGGAAGAACCGCUGCAACACACUGGGAUACAAUGUGCGGAAAAUCCGGAGCAAAAGGAAUGGCCGCAUGUACCUGAAGACUGCAGCAGACAUGCCCUUCCGAGUUUAUCACUAUCAGUUAAAGAUGCAUUUCUUCAGGAACAUCAACCAAACUGAGACGGCAAAUUUCCUUGUUUCACUCAGUGGAACCUUGAAUGAAUCAAAAGGACUUCCUGUUCGAGUUGCAGACAUUUUGCCAAACAGAACCUAUUCAUUCCUGGUGCACACGGAGAUUGAUAUCGGAGAGCUGCUGAUGGUGAAGUUAAAGUGGGGGGAGUCCUCUUCACUCUGGUCGAGUAUCAUGGGGAAGGUCACCAACCCAUGGACAAUGUGGCGAUUCUGGGAGACCAAUGAGGAGGCCACCAAUGACCUGGAGAUAAGGAAGGUGCGAGUGAAGGCAGGAGAGACACAAAAAAGGAUUGUGUUCUGUGCAAAAAACUCUGCCUCUGUAAAGGUGCAGUCAGGACAGGAGGUGACUUUUGUGAAAUGUCACAAUUGAUGGAAGACCAGCAAAUAAGACAACACAGUCUCAGACCACCUUCUGUCUUCCCAAGAAUUCUUUGGUUGCUGGAAUUCCGAAGAAAUUGGAUGGGCAAUUGCCUUAAAGCUGCAUCGAAGACAAACGUUUCACUUGAGUGACGUAAAGAACCAAAAAAGACACCGUUUGCUUUAAUAAGAAGCCAACGCUCAUCAGAAUUCUUCACAGAUUGUGUUUCAUCAUCUGUUACGCAUUUAAUUUUCUUUUGAUGCACUGAUACAGUCUGACUGCACCGCGACUGGUGGGGUACAGUCUGACUGCACCGCGAGUGGCGGGGUACAGUCUGACUGCACCGCGAGUGGCGGGGUACAGUCUGACUGCACCGCGAUUGGUGGGGUACAGUCUGACUGCACCGCGAGUGGCGGGGUACAGUCUGACUGCACCGCGAGUGGCGGGGUACAGUCUGACUGCACCGCGAGUGGCGGGGUACGGUCUGACUGCACCGCGAGUGGCGGGGUACGGUCUGACUGCACCGUGAUGGCAGGGUAUAGCCUGACUGCACUGUGUGUGGCAUGGUACAGCCUGACUGCACCGUGAAUGGUGGGAUAUAAGCCUGACUGCACCGUGAGUGGCGGGGUACAGUCUGACUGCACUGUGUGUGAUGGGGUACAGCCUGACUGCACCAUGAAUGAUGGGAUAUGAGCCUGACUGCACCAUGAGUGGCAGGGUACAGCCUGACUGCACUGUGAGUGCAGGGUACACUCUCACUGCGGCGUGUGUGACGGAUCUCAGUCUGUGGCUUGAGUGACGGGGUACAAUCUACGUGUGAAUGACGGGUUACAGUCUCACUGCAGUGCGUGUGACUGGGCACAGUUUCACUGCAGCGCAUGUGACGGAGUGCAGUCUCUACAGCGUGAGUGAUAGAUGACUUUGUCAGAGAUGCUGUCUUUCUAAUUGCUAUUCUCUGUAUUUAUUAAAUGUAUAUAUCAGUAUGUAUAAAUCCACUUUGUAAAUAUGGGAGAGAUUUUUUACUUGAGUUCCUUUUGUCUCACUGUGCAGAUGGUCUGAAACUGUCGGAAUGUCCCUUUCCCAAUCUG